AUGAAUGCAGGGUUGUCCAAGCCGCCGUACUUCCGCUUUCCCAAGAGACGUCUUGCACUACUAUAUCUCCUUUCAGAAUGCCAGUCUCUGGAGAAGCAAGAUUUAGAUAUCGGGAAGGUAUUAUGGCCUGGCUUGGGUCCUGAAAGGAAAAGCUACACCCUUUUGGCAACAAUAUCACUCCAAAAGUCAAAGGUGAAAAUAAAAAAACUCACCCUCUCCAAAGAUGAGUCCACAAAAGAUCUUCUCGAGUCCCAGAACAGGUAUCUCGAAGGUCAAAGAGAAGAUGACGGCCACGAAGGAUUUUACCCCACGGGUGGGGGGAAUGUGACUGAACUCUGCAGCAACCACACCGGGGUUCUUUUCGAUGAACUCAACCGAAUAGAUAGCAUUUCUGAAUGGGCGCUCAAAAUGGUGGACGGGACCAGGAAAAUGCCGUCUGGGAUCCUCACGGGGAACAUCUGGGCGUUGGGGAACUACUAGGAAUGCAUCGAG